AUGGCUGCCAAGCAAGCCCCGCCUUUCCGUGCCGAGCACAUGGGUUCGCUUCUGCGUCCUGACAACCUCCUCGAGAUCCGUGCCACCAUCCGGGACAAGGGCAUUUCCGAGGAGGAGGCCGGUCUCCCGGCUGUCGAGAAGGCUGCCGUUGCCGAUGUCGUCAAGCUGCAGCGCGAGCUCGGCUACAAGGCCGUCAACAGUGGCGAGUUCAACCGUACCCGUUUCUGGGGUAUGAUGUGGGAUGAGUUUGAGGGCACCGAGGCACUUCAGAAUGCCGAGGCCUCCAUGUUCCGCCUGUACCACCCAGACGUGGUCAGUCUGAUUGAGAAGGACCGCAAGGUGAUGCCGGGCGACUCGCACAUUGCCUCCAAGAAGCUCACGCACGACCCGGCCAAGUCCGUGUCCAACCUGCACGAGCUCCGCCUCAUCCAGGCCGCCCUGCCCGAGAGCGAGUGGAAGGACAUCAAGCUCACCAUGAUCACCCCGGCCUGGUUCCACAUGCGCUACAAGCAGGGCAGGGCCUACACCCCCGAGGCCUACGCCAACGACGCCGAGUACUUUGCCGACGUUGCCAAGGUCUACCAGGCCGAGCUGGAGAUGCUCUACAAGGCCGGCCUGCGCAACGUGCAGUUUGACGACCCCGGAAUGGCCUACUUCUGCUCGGAAAAGUUCCGUCAGGGCUGGGAGGAGGACAAGGACAACGACGGCACCGUCGACGACCUCCUGGACGCCUACAUCAAGCUGUACAACGACUCCAUCAGCAAGCUGCCCUCUGACUUCCACACCGGUAUCCACCUGUGCCGCGGCAACUUCAUCGGCGGCCGCCACUUUGCCGAGGGCGCCUACGACAUUAUCGCCCAGAAGCUCUUUACCGAGCUCAACGUCGACACCUUUUACCUCGAGUACGACACGGAGCGCGCCGGCGGCUUCGAGCCCCUCAAGUACCUCCCUACUAACAAGAAUGUCGUCGUCGGCGCCAUCAGCACCAAGCUCCGCGAGCUCGAGGACAAGGAGGCCACCAAGCAGCGCCUCUACAAGGCUGCCGACUUCAUUGCCCAGGGCAGCGGCCAGACCCGCGAGGAGGCCCUCAAGCGCGUCUGCGUCAGCCCUCAGUGCGGUUUCUCUACCCAUGAGAGCGGAUAUCCCCUGACUCUCGAGGACCAGAAGAAGAAGCUGUCGCUUGUGCGCCAGAUUGCUGAUGAAAUCUGGGGUGAGCCUUAA